UAGUGCACACUACGUGAUGUUCCAGGUGCUUUAGAUCUCUCCACAGUGGUUUUUAGUCCCCUUCAUCCCGCAUCGGUCCGUCUCACGCAGUUUGUUUAUAUGGCUUGUUCCUCUUCGGUUCCCUGAGACAAUACCGAUCUCAUCGACGACCAUCACUUACUCCAUUUCUUCCGUCGUUGCUCAACAGUACAAGUAUUAGUACACUUAGGCGUGCAUCUUGGCUUGCCUAACAUGGACAGACAAGAUGCCAUUGCCGACCAUGGCGACCUUCACAAACAGCCUUCAGACACCCUCUACGAUCAACGCAAAGCUACCGACAACAAGCCGCUAUCCGCCAAUCGACCCAUGCCAUCCUUCGUAGCAGAUGCGACACACGACCCAGAAGAUCCUCUACGCCAUCAUGGCUUUGCCGAAAGCGAGAAGGACAGUGCACAUUUCGACAGCGAUACGAAGCUCGGCGACGUCUCAGAUGUUCAGAAUGCGAGUAAACUACCUACAAGUGGAGAGCCAACCACAAGAAAAAAGCUCACCACCACACAAGCUGUUAUCAUCUUCAUCACAAACGAAGUCGGUAUCGGCAUGUUGUCGCUUCCUUCUGCGCUUAAUACUCUCGGCUUCUUCCCUGGUCUUCUGUGCAUAGUCGGCAUGGGGAUGCUCAGUUUGUAUACCGCAUACAACCUGAUCCAGUACUGGAGGAAGUACCCUUACAUGCUUAACAUCGUCGACUACGGCCGUGUGCUCGGCGGUCCCUGGGUUGAAGGCAUCUUCGCCGUUGGCUUCUUGAUCAACAUGGCGCUAAUCAGCGCAUCAGCACUUGUCACGCUCACCAUUGGUCUAAACACUGUAAGUGAACAUGCGACCUGCACGGUCGUCUUCGCAGUCAUCGCAGCUCUCGUGAUGUGGGCUAUGUGCGUUCCACACAGCAUGCGCGUGGUCACCUGGCUUUCUUGGCCAUGUACGGCAUCCAUCAUUGCGACAGUCCUCAUCGUCAUGAUCACACUCGGUGUGCAAGGCCCAAAAGAUCCAGAGGCACCGCUCAACCUCAAGGCCAUCGGCAACCCAACCUUUACGCAAGCCGUCUCCGCCUUCCUGAACAUCGCCUUUGCAUACGCCGGUAAUCAGGCCUUCCCGACGGUGCUUGCAGAGAUGGAGAACCCCUCCCGCGAUUUCCCUCGCGCUGUCACAAUUGAGAAAAGCAUAUCAACCGUUAUUUACGUUGUCGUGGCAUCUACUGUUUACGCACUAUCCGGCGAGCAAGUCGCGUCUCCUGCUAUUGGUUCGUUGCAAAUCACCAUGGCCAAAGUCUCAUAUGGAGUCUCAUUUGUCGGGCUUAUGGGGACUGGUUUGAUCUUUGGCAUGACAUCCGCACGCUACCUGUAUGUCUUUUUCAUGCGCCAAAUUAGUCUUUUCAAGCAUAACAAGAAUCUCAAAGACGGAAGCGCACGUCGAAGUUCCGUCACUUCCGAUCCCUCGCGUGGUCGCCGUUCCUCCUUCGCCCUCCCCGAGGCAAGCAAAAGAACCGAACGAGCUGUCUGGCUUUUCGCCGUCACGCUUUUCUGGGUCGUAGUCUGGAUCCUCGCAAACGCUAUCCCUGUCUUCAACUCGCUACUCAACAUUUCUUCGUCUCUAUUGCUUUCGUGGUUUACCUGGGGCGUCACGGUGCUCUUCUGGUUCCAUCUCAACUGGAACGGCAAGUGGCGAUCGAGUCGGAAGAAACUGGCUCUCGCGGCGUUCAAUGUGUUUAUCAUGGCUCUGGUGCUCUUCAUGAUGGUGCCGGGCAUGUAUGCGAGUAUUUCUGCACUGCUGGCAGUGUUUGCGGAUCCGAAUCAGAGCGUAAACGGGGCGUUUACUUGCGCUGAUAAUAGUGCAAUAUAAGCACAUUGUCAGGAUAGAUGAAUGCAUUAUGAUACCCACGAGAAGUUUAGUCUAAUGUCUUGCGAUUACUACCCUAUUGCUGUUUGUACCUUUUAGAACACUAGGCUUUGUGCUCGUACGCCAUGACUGAUGCUCAUUCACAUCCCCCAAGGGGAUAACCAGCAAAGAGAACAAGAAGAACGGUGGACAACCUCAGAUGGAAAUGGAAUGAAGAAGCUAAGCUUUUACGAUUUGCAGAGAGCUCUCCGAGCUUUACAACUUUUCUUCUCAAUGAAGAAGCUACAAGUUUGAGGGUACGAAAUGUCUUAGUCCUAAGCUAUCAUUGGCAUCUUAUCGAGGCCCCUACUAAUAGAUAUCAUAAUCUUGUCCUUUGUCAAACGUUAGCACACCUUGAAGUCCCACUGUAGAGAA